CCCUGAUGUAAUGAGUCUCCACACCAGUAGAUGUCAGUACAUGGACAAUUUUGAACACCUUCACUCCAAACCCUGCAGUGUGAGUGCUGGAUCAUCUGUCUAUGAAUGCUGUCUUGGGAGUUAAAUGCAAAAGUCUCCAGCCAGUUUCUGCUGAAGGUGUAGUACAGCCACCAGCCAGGAAAAAUGUCCGACGCCCUCGUCGUCACCUUCCAGUCCCAGCUCUCUAUCGUCAUGGAGACGAUCCUCAAGUCAGCUAUGAUCGAGAUCACCAGGCUGGUGGAGGACAGCUUCAUGGAGGAAGUAGCUCGAGGCAAGCAGGAGGUUGAACAGCUUCUGCGCAGUCUGCAGUUUUCCGAGAGCAAACUGAAAGAGAGAGAGAAAAGGAUACGAUGUACGGACUGCGGGAGAGCCACAGGCAGUGGAGAGAGAACUUCAGAGAAACCGGCUGAAAUACUCACAGGUGAAGAUGCUCUGUGCUUCAGGCUUAGCCUGAGGGAGCAGUCUGAGAAAAGGCCUCAAUUCAGUGAAGUCUGGCGGUCUACAGAGAGUCUGGGCUCAUACCGAACCACAGAAAUAAACAGUGACAAAGAGAAGAACAUAAACGCGCUUGAAAAAAGAGGGAAGCAGGAGUCUAAUACCGAAGUGCAACAUCCUCAGUGCACCAAUGCGCCAGUCACCAGGACCCACGAGGCCUGUAGCAACCCCAAAUCCAGAGAAAGUCACUGCAAGACCCCUGUCUCUGACUUCACUCUCAGUAAAGACAUGGCCCAGUCUCGAGCCAUACAAAGCGCUCCAGUGGAAGACGGGGUCGGAGAGUUGGCACCAUCUCCAACCUAUACCGCUGUGAAAUCUGAGCACCUUCCUGAUCCGGUUGAAAUUAAAGAAGAGGAAGAGAUGCUCCCAGUGUGGGAUUGCGGCGAUGACUGCGCUCCUGCAGAUUCAGACCAGAAUCUCACCGGAUCCUGGAAUCGAGAUGAAACACAGGUAGAUAACUUUCCAAAUCUAACUGCUCUCAACAUGCCAGAUCCAUCAUCACAUUUAAUGUCCUAUUCAGUGAAUUGUAACACAGAGGUAUCGCACGGCAUCAAGGCUGAGCCUAGUGAGUCAACCACCACAGAGCUGGUUCACCUCGCUUUGGCUCCCAUGCCUGAGGGAUCCAGUUCAUUUGACCAUAAUGAAAAUAGACACUUGUUUGGUCCAGAAAGUCUUUUGAAUCAUCCUGAGCUUUGUUUAGGUGAGAAACUCUUCCUCCCCUUCACCCAGACCGAUCACCUUCCUGUUCCCGCCGAAAAGCCACGCUGUGGAAAAUCAUUUGCUCAAGCAGCUCAGCUGAAGCUUCACGCUCUCACACACCAAGCGAACAAACCCCUGAAGUGUCUCCAGUGUGCCAAAACUUUCGCCCAUGAUUUCGAGCUGAAGGACCACCAGAAGCAGCACUCCAAAGAAAGACCUCACAUCUGCCCAGACUGUGGCAAAGCCUUCACUCGCUUCAGCAAUUUCAAGCAACAUCAGAACAUCCACACGCGCGAGAAACUCUUCAACUGCACCCACUGCGGCAUGAGGUUCAAAAGAUCCACUCACUUGAGAAUCCACCUCAGGAGACACAGCCGCGUGGGGAAGAGUUGUCCUUGUCGUCAGUGCGGGAAGACGUUCGUGUGCCUCAAGCAGCUGAAGGGCCAUCUGCUUAAAGUGCAUGGAACGGAAAUGAACUGAAUCGCACCUUCCAGGCCACAGAUCUCAGUAUGCAUGACCUGAACAGUCCCUACAGUCUUUUUUUUUCUCUGAGCUUACAAACGCUUCACGUCUCAGAGCGAGCAAUAAUAAAAAAGAAAAAAGAAUAGGUACAGAAUUCUGAUGUAAUAAAAAAAAAAACUAAGAUGAUGCUUUAGGAAUUCCUUUCUGAAUAAAUAAAAAUAGUUUCCUGAUUAGAAAUUAAAAGCACUGAUUAUAAACACAUCAAAAGCCUGGUGUAAUUUC